CAAAGUUUCCUCCCGAAUUCAAAGGGUUUGGAGGACCUUCCGUGGGAAAUGGAGAAAAGUGGUUGGUCUGCGGCUGCGUUGAGGCGUCAGAUUCUGACAUCAAGUCCGGAGCUAAGAGCACUAGAGUCUCAGUUGCAAGCUUGUGCCCUCAAGCGAGAUAACUUUGCGGCCGUCGCUGUGAGGGAAGCAGAAAAGAAAGUGGCCCAGGAAAAUGAUAAAAAAUAUGCCAAAAUGGUGGAAUGUUUGGACAGUGAAGAGAGACUCUCUUCUGCCAUUUCAAAGGCAGAAAGUUAUGCAAAAAGGCUGGAAAUAGAAAGGAUCCUUGCAGAGCAAAUAGCAGAGAAAUCUGCCAGGAAAGCAGAAGCAGAAGCAGAAAAAGUGCUGGAAAUGAUGUCAGAAAUAGAUGAGGACAAAAUGUUGAGAAACUUAAAAAGCAAAUGGAAAACCAAGAACACAUGAGAAAGUUCCUCCUCAAGCAAACACACUUGAAGUCUUUGCAUUCAGAGAGGGAAGAUAUGGAGGACAGAAACAGAGCAAGGACAGCAGAGGAGUAUAACAUACGAGCUGAACUCCUGAAGGAAGUGGAGAGACAGGAACAGGAGAUGAAACGCCUUCAGCAAAACCAAAGGGAACUUGCCCUUGUGAAGGAUCUUGAGAAAGUGCAGCAAGAACAAGACAGAAUACGAGAACUGCGGCUGGAGCUGGGGGUGUUGGAGAAGCAAGCCCAAGAAGCAAAGUAUGCAGAGGAGAAGGAGACGAGGGAGAAGGAGGCCAAAAGGAGUCUGAGGGAAGGAUGGGAUGACCAGCUGAGGUACAAGCAAGAGAAGCUGGAGAGAGAACAGCAGAAUGAAGCAAAGUAUAGAGAGAUGCUACUUGAGGUCCUGGCGGAAGAGGCACGACUUGAUCAGCUGGUUUCAGAGGCUCGGAGGAGAAGGCAGCUUGACCACAGGAUGCUGGUAGAGAGACUUCUCGAGGAGAGGCGAGCAAUGCGAGCAGCCAUCAUGAAGCAGCGACAAGAAGAAGAUAAAUACGCAAGAGACUAUGAAGAGCUUAGGAGAAAUAUACUGGAAGAGGAAGAGAAGCAGCUCCUGUUAAGACAUGCUCCUCAGUUGAUGCCACAUUUCACUCCUCAUUUGCUAUCGAAGUUGAGACAACUCUUAUGAAUAGCUGCUUGCACUUCUCAGGGAAUAGGUUAGGUCACUUCUGUCCUCAGUUGGCUAUACAAGCUUGUGCAGCAGGCAUUCCAAAGAGAAAAUGUGAUAUUAGUAUUUUUAUUAGUUUCUGUUCCUUGGAAACAUUAUAGAAUUAAUUGCAUUAAAAACAUUACACUCUAUGAGUUUGGCUCUGAAGCCUAAAAUUUCAAGGAAACUCUAAUUCUUGCUAAAAGGUUUAAAGGAUCCAACCCCUUUAUUUUCAGUCACUGUUACCAAUAUCUUUGUUAAGGUGACUAAAAAAAAAUAAAGUAACAUUUUCAUAA